GGCGGUGGCUACAAGACGCGGGCGCUAUGAGCUCCGCCGAUUUUUAAUAAUUAAAAAAUAUAAAAUUAGUUAAUGUUGCGUUAUUAGAUUUUUUUGUGUUUAGCUAAAUAUACAGCAAUUUGAAACAUGGGGAAACCUGAAUUCAACAACUCCCGAGGCGGGGGUGGAGGUGGUCGCGGCGGAUUUAGAGGCGGCCGAGGUGGCGGCGGAGGCCGAGGUGGUUUCGGCGGAGGUGGCCGAGGUGGAUUCGGUGGAGGCGGAAGAGGUGGCGGCGGCGGCUUUGAAAAGCGCGGCGGUGGCCGGGGCUUUGGAGGCAGGGGUGGAGGAGGCCGCGGUAGAGGAGGUCCACCUGGCAGAGGUGGUUUCAAAGGAGGCAAACAAGUCAUAAUUGAACCACACAGGCAUGCAGGAGUGUUCAUAGCAAGGGGGAAAGAAGAUGCAUUGGUAACAAAGAAUUUAGUACCUGGCUCUGAAGUGUACGGAGAGAAAAGGAUAUCAGUUGAGAAUGAAGGAGAGAAGAUUGAAUACAGAGUAUGGAAUCCGUUCAGGUCAAAAUUGGCAGCGGCUAUAAUGGGUGGUGUGGAUGCUAUUCACAUGCCUCCAGGUUCCAGGGUGCUGUACCUCGGAGCAGCCAGUGGAACCACUGUCAGCCAUGUGUCUGAUAUAGUUGGUCCUGAAGGCCUAGUUUAUGCUGUAGAAUUCUCGCACAGAUCGGGAAGAGAUUUAAUAAACGUAGCUAAGAAGAGAACUAAUAUUAUACCUAUCAUAGAAGAUGCAAGACAUCCAUUAAAAUAUAGAAUGCUAGUUGGCAUGGUUGACACGAUAUUUGCUGAUGUAGCGCAGCCAGAUCAAGCUAGAAUUGUCAGUUUGAACGCCCAACACUUUCUCAAGAAUGGAGGACACUUUGUUAUAUCUAUUAAGGCCUCUUGUAUAGACUCCACCGCCCAACCAGAAGCAGUUUUCGCCGCUGAAGUUAAAAAGUUGCAAGCAGACAAACUAAAACCUCAAGAACAGUUGACUUUGGAACCUUACGAGAGAGACCACGCUGUCGUUGUGGGUAUAUUUAGACCACCGCUAAAGAAUACGUAGGGUUAGCUUAAUAUUAGUUUAGGAUUUAAUAUGAAAGUACCCUUAUGCUGAUUGCACAUUACAGAACAAUCAGAAUGAGAUUACCAUAGCUGCUAUUUUAAAGUCACUUUGUUUUAAGUGGCAACUAAAACAAACUCUAACUGGAAUUUUCAACCCACAAUUCAGAUAUAAAAAAACAAUGUGUAUUCACUUUGUUGUUAGAGUUUUGAUACUCAAAAAUUAAAAAACAUUUUAAUCUCAUUGAAAGAAAUAA